UUACUAAUUCAGCCCGUCUCUCUCCACCCCUCCUCUCUUUGUGUCCCUACUGAAAAGCCGUGAAAUUCUUGAAGGUUUACGCUUUUGUUUCGAUUGUUUUGGCGCAAGAAUUCGUGGAUUUCUUGGAGAUGCUCGGAUACUAACCCGCUAUAACAGUAGGCUAACGGUACUAAAGUACAUUUGCCACUGGUUGUAACAAAUUAUUAAAUCAAAGCCGCACGCUUCCCAUAGUCUUGCUGUUCAACACCCUACUCCGGUUAGAGUGCGCGAGAAGUUGAGAUAAAGGAACCGGGGAAUGAAAAAAAGUGUGGAAACUCAGGAAGGAGGGGGAAAAGGAAGGAGAAUAAAGGGAAACUAGGAAGAGUUUUCGCUCAAGGAAGAGAGAGAGAAAGUUAUGUGGACACAAGAAUCCUCUCCCCCGGUUUUUCAGCGCAAGAAACGGUGACUUCUACUGCCCGGGGAAAUUGUAGACAACCCCUCCUCCCCAGAGCGGAGUGAAGUCUACCCACCCUGGCACUCUCUCCUACUGACACAAGAGAUGGAGGGAGAGAAGGAGAGAGAGAGGGAGCGGGGAGAGGAGAAAGAGAGCGACGAGACGGAGGAAGAGGAGAAACAGAGCGACGAGGCUGAAGAGGAAGAUGAUGAGGAUGAGGAUGAUGAAGAUGCGGAGGGAGCGGCGUUGGUGUGGCAGGAGGGGUCGUACGGAGAGGAUGACCUGGGCCUACCCAUAAUGCAUUGGGAGGCGCUGAGCCUGCGCAUCGCAGAGCUGGAGAAACAAGAAGAGGAAAAGAGAGAGAAGAAAAUAAAGUCUUCCAGUGUCCUGGAACGAGGGAAGAAAUUGUCAGCGAGCCGGCCGGAGGAGAGAGAGAGAGGGAAGACGCUGUCCAUGAACCGGCCAGGAGACAGGGAGCAAGGGAAGAAUAAGGAGAGCUGGGAGGAUGGAGGAGAGGAGGACUGCAAUAGCCGCGUGACAGCCCUAACCUCUCGUCUUUCGAAUCAGAUGAACCUCCAGCUGUGCUUCAUCAAUGACAGUGGAAGCGAAGAAGAGGAGGAGGAUACUGGCAAAAAAGUUAGCGUGAAGAAUUCCAAAAUGGCUGGUAAGAACGGUCCCAGUGUGCAGGUGCGCCAGCAGCCCCAGUUCCCUGCCCCCCCUGCAGCCAAGAGCAAAUCAUCAGGCUUCAAGGCUGCACUGAGCGCACUCAGAAACAAGCUGAGGACCGAGCAGAAACAGGAGAGCCCAGCUUGUUGUAAUCCGCUGUUGAAGAAUAGAAGACUGGACCGUAGUGACCUGCAAGCCUUCAGUCUCAAAGAGCUCAACGCCCAUCAAAACUCGCUCAACAAGGCUAUACAAGACUUGAGCACAGAGCUGGUGGUUCACCUACAGACUCGGGACCAGCUGAGGACAGAACAGGAUGCUAUGCUGCUGGAGGUACAGGAUAUGACAUCACUCUGACGUCACCUUAGAAUCACAUAUAGAACCCUGACCAAGAUGGCUGCCAUUAUCAGCACAAUCUAGAGCUAUGCAGAUCUAUGUAUUAUAUAACUCUAUGGACAACACUAUCAGAAGGCCCAUCACCCAUAGAAUCAUUCGAAUCAUUCUAAGUUCUAUGGUCAUCGUCACAUAAAAUGGAAUCCCGGUGUCAGAGAUCAGGUCAAAAUCAGUCAAUGACAGACACCGGUGCUUGAAGUUAAUGGACGAAUCAAAUCAAUGUGAAGAGACUGCAUCACUCCUAAAUACUUUUUUGAUUGAAUUGCACAGCGUUUUGUUUUUAUUUCCCAGUGAGCAAAACUGGUUGAAAUGAUGUCAUCACACCCAGUUUCACGUUCAUUAUGACAUCAUAUCAACCGGUUUUGCGCUCAGUGUUUUUUGUGUUUUUAUAAAGGGAAAUGUGUAUGUCUGGACUGUUAAUGUUGUUGUGUUGUAGUGUUUUAGGGGGGAAAUAACUGUCAUAUUAUAAGGGAUUAAUAAGCUGCUAUUGCUGCCCAUGGAUCAAUCUAGUUCUAAUGUCCAUUGUCAUCAACGUGUAGAAAUGCAGUGAUUGUUUGGUAGCACAUUAUUUGAACUAUACGUCAUACGGUAUCAUAAUAAAUGUCAUAAGAUUUCUUGUCAUUGAGUGUUACGACGUAGAGUUUGAAUAAAGUGUUACCGAUUUUGUUUGUAUUCUUGUUGUUGGGACACAUCUCUUUGUUUGUUUAGAUUUUAUGUUGUCGGGACACAGCUAUGUCUUCUAUUCUCCUGCAUGUUUUAAUAUAUGUAUGAUGAUCGUCGAACGAGUCAGUAAUAGAAAGGGACAUUACUAACCAAACAGACCCACACAGUAAUGUGAGCACAGCUCAACUCAAUGACUUGGGUCUACUGAAAUGGAGGGAAACAUAAAGGGAAUGGAUUAUUAUAUCAACCUGCAUGCUGUUGUAAUAUGACAACAAUGUACCUACCAGCCGACUGACAAGGUGCCUGACCAAGCCUCACCUGUUUGGUGCUGUUGUCAUAAAACAGUCAACGGCAACACAAACACACACACACAGGGAGCUUUGGGAUUGUGUGCGGGGUUACAUGAGUUUGACGUCACUUUUGAUGUUGUUCUAUUCUACAAUACAUUUACAUGGAAUAAACAGGUUGUCAAGGAUACAUACUGUA